AUGCAAACCAAACUGCAAUCCAUCCAUGCACAACCUCAUCUCAAGACUCCUAACAAAAUAUUUAGCACAUUAAACCAAAACAACCAAACCAAUCAACAAUCAUCAGCAGGCAAAAUUAAACGUCUUGUUCUAACACAAGAAGGUAGAACCAAACUGAACCUUUUCCAAGAUAAGGAGUUUUAUGCGUAUCCGCGCCUUGUGACUCAUGUCGACGACGGAUUCAUUUCUACACUAACAAAACUUCACAGAGAAAGGUUGAGACCCGACUCUGAAAUUCUCGAUCUCAUGAGCUCUUGGGUUAGCCAUCUACCGAAUGAUGUCAAAUACAAAAGAGUAGUUGGGCAUGGGAUGAAUGCACAAGAGCUUGCAAAGAAUCCAAGGUUGGAUUACUUUGUUAUAAAGGAUCUUAAUAAAGAUCAAUUGUUUGAAUUUGAGAGUUGUUCUUUUGAUGCAGUUCUGUGUACUGUUAGUGUGCAGUAUCUCCAACAACCAGAAAAGGUAUUUGCAGAGAUAUUUAGGUUGCUAAAACCAGGAGGGGUGUUCAUAGUGAGUUUUAGCAACAGAAUGUUUUAUGAGAAAGCCAUAAGUGCGUGGAGGGAAGGAACAGCUUACAGUAGGGUUCAGUAUGUGGUUCAGUACUUCCAAUCAGUGGAAGGUUUCACAGAACCAGAGGUAAUUAGAAAGCUUCCAGCAUCUAAUGAUGAAGAAAACUCGCCUGCUGGCUGGAUCAUGAAGCUCUUUGGAUUGUUUUCAGGGUCAGAUCCAUUUUAUGCAGUUAUUGCUUAUAGAAAUUUUAAGCCAACCUAUGAUAAUUGA